UGUGGUCUCAGCCCACGUGGUUCCGGCUCCGGAAAUGGCGGCGGCAGGCAGCCCGGCUUCUCUCGAGUCCGCGCCACGGAUCUUGCGGCUGGUGGCCGAAUGCGGUCGUUCGAGGGCUCGGGCGGGGGAGCUGCGGCUGCCGCAUGGGACCGUGGCUACCCCUGUGUUCAUGCCUGUGGGGACGCAGGCCACCAUGAAGGGCAUCACGGCGGAGCAGCUGGACGGCCUGGGGUGCCGCAUCUGCUUGGGCAACACCUACCACCUGGGGCUGAGGCCGGGCCCGGAGCUCAUCCAGAAGGCCCGGGGUCUCCACGGCUUCAUGAGUUGGCCCCACAAUCUGCUCACGGAUAGCGGCGGCUUCCAGAUGGUGUCCCUGUUCUCCCUGUCCGAGGUGACUGAGGAGGGCGUCCGCUUCCGCUCGCCCUACGACGGCGAGGAGACACUUUUGAGCCCAGAGAGGUCCGUGCAGAUCCAGAACGCUCUGGGCUCUGACAUCAUCAUGCAGUUGGAUGAUGUCGUGAGCAGCACAGUGACAGGCCCUCGAGUGGAGGAGGCUAUGCACAGGUCAGUCCGCUGGCUAGACAGGUGCAUUGCAGCCCAUCAGCAUCGGGACAAGCAGAACCUCUUUGCCAUCAUCCAGGGUGGACUGAAUGCCGAUCUCCGCACCACUUGCCUGAAAGAGAUGACCAAGAGGGAUGUGCCAGGCUUUGCCAUCGGAGGUCUGAGUGGGGGAGAGAGCAAGGAACAGUUCUGGAAGAUGGUGGCAUUAAGUACCUCCAUGCUGCCUAAGGACAAGCCAAGAUACCUGAUGGGGGUUGGCUAUGCCACUGACUUGGUGGUCUGCGUGGCUCUUGGAUGUGACAUGUUCGACUGUGUAUACCCCACACGGACAGCGCGCUUUGGCUCUGCUCUGGUGCCCACUGGGAACCUGCAGCUGAAGAAGAAGCAGUAUGCCAAGGACUUCAGUCCCAUCGACUCGGGAUGCCCCUGUCCCACUUGCCAACAGCACAGCCGCGCCUUCCUUCAUGCCCUCCUGCACAGUGACAACACCGCAGCGCUGCACCAUCUCACUGUGCACAACAUCGCUUAUCAGCUGCAGCUCCUGAGCUCCCUUAGAAGCAGCAUCUUGGAGCAGCGCUUCCCUGACUUUGUGCGAAACUUCAUGCGCACCAUGUAUGGUGACCACAGCCUCUGUCCUGCCUGGGCCGUUGAAGCACUGGCCUCCGUGGGAAUCACACUCACAUGACCUGGUUGCCUGGGAGGGACGCUGGGGUAUGGGGGAUACUGAAGGAUUCUUUUUUUUAAAAGGAUUUUGUUACGGAUUUUUGUUUUCAUCUGA